UCAGCUUCAGCUCUGCGGUGCGGACCGGAAAAGUGAUCAGAAAACGGAGCCCCGCUUCUUAAACCUGACCGGAGAAAAGCCAAAUAAGAAUUCACUGCUUGAAAACGGAUUUGGCUGGGCGUAUUGACAACCUUUGUUUGCCUUCAAAGGCUUUUCUAUAAAACGGUGAAGUGGAGAGAUGUCUGACAGUGAAGACAGCGACUUUUCAGACAACCAGAGUGAGCGGAGCAGUGAGGCUGAGGAAGCCGAGGAGAAUGAGGAGGAAGAAGGGCAAGGAAGUGUAGCUGGCAGUGAUAAAGCAGAAGAAGAAGAAGGAGAAGACUUGGAGGAGGAUGAGGAGGAGUAUGAUGAAGAGGAAGAAGAGGAUGACGACCGUCCUAGAAAGAAACCUCGACAUGGAGGCUUCAUCUUGGAUGAAGCUGAUGUGGAUGAUGAAUAUGAAGAUGAGGAUCAGUGGGAGGAAGGAGCAGAGGAUAUUUUGGAAAAAGUUAACGAGGAGGCUGAAGUUUCCAACAUUGAUCAUGUAGCUUUGGAUGAGGAUCACUCUGGCUCCCGUAGACUGCAGAAUCUGUGGAGAGAUUCCAGAGAGGAAGCCCUGGGAGAGUACUACAUGAGGAAAUAUGCCAAGUCCUCAGGGGGAGAACAUUUCUAUGGUGGAUCAGAGGAUCUCUCUGAUGACAUUACUCAGCAGCAGUUGCUCCCUGGUGUCAAGGAUCCAAACUUGUGGACUGUCAAAUGUAAGAUUGGUGAGGAGAGGGCAACUGCCAUUUCACUGAUGAGGAAAUUUAUUGCUUAUCAGUGCACGGAUACGCCACUUCAAAUCAAAUCAGUGGUGGCUCCUGAACAUGUGAAGGGUUAUAUCUACAUUGAAGCAUAUAAACAGACUCAUGUCAAGUCUGCUAUUGAAGGAGUUGGCAACCUGCGAAUGGGCUACUGGAACCAGCAAAUGGUGCCUAUUAAGGAGAUGACUGAUGUCCUCAAAGUGGUCAAAGAAGUGACUAAUCUUAAACCAAAAUCCUGGGUCCGCCUUAAGAGAGGCCUGUACAAAGAUGAUAUUGCCCAGGUUGAUUAUGUUGAACCAAGCCAAAAUACGAUAUCACUGAAAAUGAUUCCACGAAUUGAUCUGGACCGAAUCAAAGCGAGGAUGAGCAUGAAAGACUGGUUUGCUAAGAGAAAGAAGUUCAAGAGACCUCCUCAGAGACUGUUUGAUGCUGAGAAGAUCAGGUCUCUUGGCGGGGAAGUUAGCCACGAUGGCGAUUUCAUGAUAUUUGAAGGCAACCGCUACAGCCGCAAAGGCUUCUUGUUCAAAAGCUUUGCCAUGUCUGCUGUGAUCACAGAUGGGGUUAAACCAACUCUCUCAGAGCUAGAGAAGUUUGAAGAUCAACCUGAAGGCAUUGAUCUAGAAGUGGUCACUGAAACAACAGGUAAGGAGCGAGAGCACAACCUCCAAGCAGGAGACAAUGUGGAAGUGUGCGAAGGCGAGUUAAUCAAUCUUCAAGGGAAAAUUCUGAGCGUGGAUGGUAACAAGAUUACGAUCAUGCCCAAACAUGAGGACCUAAAGGAUCCACUGGAGUUUCCAGCACAUGAAUUGAGGAAAUACUUCCGUAUGGGUGACCAUGUGAAAGUUAUUGCUGGUCGUUAUGAGGGUGACACAGGCCUUAUCGUGCGUGUGGAAGAGAACUUUGUCAUUCUCUUCUCUGACCUCACCAUGCAUGAGCUGAAAGUCUUGCCUAGGGACUUGCAGUUGUGCUCAGAGACAGCUUCUGGGGUGGAUGCAGGAGGCCAACAUGAGUGGGGGGAACUGGUUCAGUUGGACCCCCAGACUGUGGGUGUCAUUGUCCGGCUAGAGAGAGAGACCUUCCAGGUGCUCAAUAUGCAUGGCAAAGUGUUAACUGUGCGACAUCAGGCAGUGAAUAGACGGAAGGACAACCGCUUCGCUGUUGCUCUGGACUCAGAGCAGAACAACAUUCAUGUAAAGGACAUUGUUAAAGUCAUAGAUGGACCACAUUCGGGCCGUGAGGGGGAGAUUCGUCACCUCUUUAGGGGGUUUGCCUUCCUUCAUUGUAAAAAGCUGGUUGAAAAUGGGGGCAUGUUUGUUUGCAAGACUCGCCAUCUUGUGCUGGCUGGUGGUUCAAAGCCUAGAGAUGUGACCAAUUUCACUAUUGGUGGGUUUGCUCCCAUGAGCCCAAGAAUUAGCAGUCCAAUGCACCCAGGAGGAGGGGGUCAGAUGCAGAGAGGAGGUGGUGGAGGUGGCAUGGGGCGUGGCCGUGGUAGACGAGACAACGACCUGAUUGGACAGACAGUGCGCAUAUCCCAAGGACCAUACAAGGGGUAUAUUGGGGUUGUGAAAGAUGCUACAGAAUCAACAGCAAGAGUAGAGCUCCACUCAACCUGCCAAACCAUUUCUGUGGAUCGCCAGCGUCUCACCAGUGUUGGUGCAAAGAGAUCUGGAGGAAUGACUUCCACUCAUGGACGGACUCCAAUGUAUGGCUCGCAGACACCCAUGUAUGGGUCUGGUUCCCGUACCCCUAUGUAUGGCAGCCAGACGCCCCUCCACGAUGGAAGCCGUACCCCUCAUUAUGGCUCUCAGACUCCACUGCACGAUGGAAGCAGGACACCUGGGCAGAGCGGAGCUUGGGACCCCAACAAUCCCAAUACACCGUCACGGCCGGAUGACGAUUAUGAGUUUGGGUAUGAUGAUGAACCAUCACCGUCCCCUCAAGGCUAUGGGGGUACCCCUAAUCCUCAAACUCCUGGGUACCCAGAAGUGCCCUCCCCACAGGUCAACCCACAGUACAACCCACAGACCCCUGGAACCCCUGCAAUGUACAAUACAGAUCAGUACUCUCCAUAUGCAGCACCCUCUCCACAGGGCUCCUACCAGCCCAGUCCCAGCCCUCAGAGUUAUCAUCAGGUGGCCCCCAGCCCUGUGGGCUACCAGAAUACCCACUCACCUGCCAGCUACCACCCCACCCCCUCACCAAUGGCAUACCAGGCCAGUCCGAGCCCCAGCCCAGUAGGUUACAGCCCCAUGACUCCUGGGGCCCCGUCUCCAGGGGGCUAUAAUCCCCAUACCCCCGGCUCCAACAUUGACCAGACAUCUAGUGACUGGGUUACCACAGACAUCCUGGUGCGUGUGAAGGACACUUUCCUGGAUGGAGGUGUUAUUAAUCAGACAGGCGUCAUCCGCAGUGUGACUGGAGGAAUGUGCUCAGUGUUUCUGCAGGAAACUGAGAAGGUGGUUAGCAUCUCUAGUGAACACCUCGAGCCUGUGACACCAACUAAAAACAAUAAGGUGAAGGUGAUUUUGGGAGAGGACAGGGAGGCCACAGGUGUCCUGCUCAGUAUAGAUGGAGAAGAUGGAAUUGUCCGAAUGGAACUGGACGAGCAGCUCAAAAUCCUCAAUCUCCGCUUCCUUGGAAAACUGGAAGUGUGAGCAGAUGCACUCUUCACACAACAAAGCAGCAUUCUUGUCAACAAGCUUUUUGUUUUUGUUUUUUUUUAUUUGUUUGGUUUCUGUUUCCCAUUAUAGAUUUAAAUCACAAAAUAAUGAAUGUGGUUUGCAUUUUACAAUGUUAUGUUUGUUUGUUUUUUUUUAAUUAGUCAGUGUUUUAGUGGAUAUAGCUCAUCUUUGGUGUAGAGACUUGCUUUUGGGCAAACUGAUUCCAUGUCAAUAAAAUGUGAAACUUGUAA